UCCCAUUCCAGACACCUAUCGUAUCCGCCUGAAGAAACUUUGGAAUUGGAAAGAAAAAAAGGCAAUAUAAAGCUGGCUAGUUCGUCCUGCGCUGCAACCGCAAGACAUUCUCAAUAACACACCGCGCCCUGUCAGUACGGCGCCGGUGGUCCGCAGAGACGACACAAUGGCAUUAACAACGGCGGUGCCGGAGGUGGUGUUGAGGUCCGGCAACGCCAGACCUAUGCCGGCGAUCGGCAUGGGCAGGGCCAAGUUCGCCCUCGUGCCGGAGGCUACCAUGGACGCCGUGCUUGCUGUGGAGGUCUGCUUCCGCCACUUCGACACGGCCUCCAUAUACGGGUCGGAGCUGCCGCUGGGCGAGGCCAUGGCCGAGACGGUGCGGCGCGGGAUGGUGGCGUCCCGGGAGGAGGUGUUCAUCACGUCCAAGCUCUGGUGCACGCAGUGCCACCCACACCUCGUGCUCCCGUCCCUCCGGGAAAGCCUCCAGAACCUGCAAAUGGAGUACGUCGACCUAUACCUGAUCCACUGGCCGAUCUGCAUGAAGCCUGGGCCAGGGGUGUUCCCGGCCAAGCGGGAGGACGCCGUGCCGUUCGACUUCGAGGGCGUCUGGCGAGAGAUGGAGCAGUGCCACCGCCUGGGGCUCGCCAAGGCCAUCGGUGUUAGCAACUUCACCACCUGGCACCUCGACAAGAUCAUGAUGGCUGCCACUGUCCCACCUGCAGUCAACCAGGUCGAAUUGAACCCAUUCUGGCAGCAGAGGAAGCUGAGGAAGUACUGCGCAGAGAAGGGCAUCCACGUCGCGGCGUACUCGCCAUUGGGUGGGCAGAACUGGUCCGGAGAGGGCAACGCCGUGCUGGAAUCAGAGGUGCUGGCCGAGAUCGCCAAGGCUAGAGGAAAGAGCGUCGCACAGGUAGCAUUGAGGUGGAUCUAUGAGCAAGGACUGACCCCAAUCGUCAAGAGCUUCAGCAAGGAGAGGCUCAAGCAAAACAUACAGAUCUUCGACUGGGAGCUGACUGAAGACGACCUCAUCAAGAUCAGCCAGAUUCCGCAGAAGAAGAUUGUCACAGUUGCCAACAAUAUUUUCUUCCCAGAAGGGGAGUUUACGUCAGUGAAUCUUUCAGACAUUGAGAUUGUCGAGGAAGAGUAGCUAAAGAGUCUGCCUGCUUUCUGUUUGCUGUAAUGUAAACUAAAGAAAAGUAGCUUCCUUAACGAGUGAGAAUAAAUAACAAAGUUCUGUGGUAGGGUCCGAUGAACUAUUCCUCUUCCUUCAGACAUACUCUCAUUCUAGCUUCCGGUGCCGGAUGUAUGAUGUACUCGGACCAAUAGUUCCAAACGGCGCGCGAUUUUCCUUCAGAUGGUCAAUAA